AUGAACAAGUUAGUUGGAGUCCUUACCCGUUUCCGAGAGCACAAAGUUGGAUUGAUGGGAGACAUCGAGCAGAUGUUUCAUCAGGUUGGAGUCUCCAAGGAACACAGAGAUGUGUUACGAUUCCUAUGGUGGCCUGAAGGGGAUGCUACUCGACCUCCUGAAAUGUUUCGUAUGACGGUCCACCUUUUCGGAGGGGUAUGGAGUCCGAGUUGCGCUGCAUUUGCUCUUCGGCGAACGGCAGAUGACAACGAGGAUAUGUUCAGCAGUGAUGCAGUCCAGGCGGUAAAAGAGAACUUCUACGUUGAUGAUCUUCUUAAAUCCUUCAAGUCGGAGGAUGAUGCAGCAUUCAUGGUGAAGCAGCUGACGCACCUUCUAGCUAAAGGUGGCUUCCACUUGACUAAGUGGAUCUGCAGUAGCAGAAAUGUCAUGGAUUCCGUACCGACGGCUGAAAGAGCCAAGACAGUCACCGACUUGGACCUUGAUCAUGAACGUCUUCCUGUGGAAAGGGCCUUGGGAGUACGUUGGGAUACCGAAAGUGAUCAGAUUGGAGUCAAGAUAAAGUCAAGGCGAGGAUGUCACACUAAGAGAGGUCUGUUAAGCAUUCUGAGCUCCGUUUACGAUCCUCUUGGGUUCGUGUGUCCAUUUGUUCUGUUAGCCAAGCUCCUGUUCCAAAAUGAGUGUAGAAUAGUUGGGAAGGGCUGGGAUGAGCCAUUGGAAGUCAGUACGCAAGAUCAGUGGACCAGGUGGCUGGAUGAUCUUCCCAAGCUGGAGCAGUUUUCUGUUGAUAGGUGUCUGAUUCCUGGUGAUUUUGGAAUUGUUGAGGAAUGUCGUUUGCAUCAUUUGGCUGACGCUUCACAAGAUGCCUAUGGCUCUGUUUCUUUUGCCCGCUUUGUCAACACUGAUGGUGAUGUUCACUGCAGCUUUCUGAUUGGCAAAUCACGACUCGCUCCGUUGAAGACCAUGACUAUCCCUAGACUAGAGCUGUCUGCUGCUGUUAUUGCAGUGAAUAUGGACCAGAUGCUCAGAAGAGAACUAAGGGUUCAGGUGAAAGGGUCAACGUUCUGGACAGACAGUACGGUGGUACUCCAGUACAUAAGUAACCAAUCAAAGCGUCUCCAAACGUUUGUUGCAAACAGAGUUGCCACAAUUCAUGAUGGAUCUACCGCCAGUCAGUGGAGAUAUGUCAAUACACAGCAGAAUCCUGCUGACGAUGCAUCUAGGGGGCUCGAUGCCCAGAGUAUGCUUGACAAGAUAAGAUGGAGAAAGGGUCCUGAUUUCUUGUGGCAGACUGAGGACAGUUGGCCUGUGACUCCACAAAUUCCUAGUCUGCAGGAAAAGGACAAGGAAGUGAGAAAGGUAGCACUGUCCCGAGCCAUAGAUGUCGUUGAUCAGGAUGACCCCAUUCACAGGUUGAUCAGCAGAUACUCGUCUUUGUAUCGACUCAAAAGGGCGGUCGCAUGGGUGCUCCGCUUCAUAAAGUGGCUGCGACUCCAUAGGCCCAGGAACCUGGAUAAUGGAGAUAAGGGAAACCAGAGGUUGACUGUGGGUGAACUGCAAGAUGCGGAGCUGGCCAUAAUCAGGAGCGUUCAGAGAAGGCACUACAAGAAGGAGUUCCGUGAUUUGUUGGCGGGAAAGACUUCCGUGCAGAGACAGAGUCACGUGUAUAGUCUCGAACCAUGCGUAGAUGACCAUGGGGUAUUGAGGCUUGGUGGUAGACUGCGACACUCUCCAGUCGGGCCCACUUGCAAGCAUCCAGUGAUACUACCUCGUGAUAGUCAUCUGGCCACUUUGAUAGUUCGUCAUGCACAUGAAUUGAUAUCUGGCCAUUCGGGCAAAGAGCAUGUGCUCUCUGUGAUAAGACGACAAUAUUGGGUUCCCAAGGUGCGACCUUUGAUCAACCGCAUUUUGAAGGAGUGCGUGCUCUGUAGAAAACUUCGGGGACUGCCUGGCGUUCAACGCAUGGCCGACCUACCUGCCCACAGAGUGACUCCAGGCAAACCACCGUUCACCCACGUUGGGGUUGAUUGUUUCGGACCGUUUCAUGUCAAACGAGGGAGGAGCAGGGAAAAGCGAUAUGGCUGUAUUUUCACCUGUAUGCGAAUCAGAGCAGUCCACCUGGAGAAGCUACACUCUCUAGAAACUGAUUCGUUCCUCAAUGCCUUCCUAAGGUUUGCGGCAAGGCGAGGAACCCCGGAGAAAAUCUAUUCCGACAACGGGACUAACUUUGUUGGAGCAGAAAGGGAGCUAAGGGCAGCUAUCGAGCGUAUACAGGAAAGCAAACAGACGGAGGGUUUCUUUCUCAGCAGAAAGAUCGAAUGGCAGUUUAACCCACCAGUGGCCUCCCACAUGGGAGGCGUUUGGGAGCGCCAGAUUCGUACCUGCCGGAAAGUUCUCAGUUCACUUCUGCGUGAUGAAGUGCUUGAUGACGAGAGACUCGACACAUUGUUCUGCGAAGUGGAGUCUAUCGUAAAUGACCGACCCAUCACAGCAGUCUCCGACGAUCCGAAAGAUCUCGAACCCCUUACUCCCAAUCAUCUGUUGAAGCUUGGACAUGGGCAUCCAGUUCCACUCCGUGACUUGAAAGCAACUGACCAGUAUGGGAAGCGAUGGAAACACGUACAGUUGCUGGUUGAAAGGUUCUGGAAGCGUUGGACUGCAGAGUAUCUUCCCACGCUUCAACGCAGACAACGUUGGCUUGAGCCACAAGCCAAUUUUAAGGCUGGUGACCUGGUGUUGGUCAAGGAUGACAAUUUGCCCAGGAGUCAGUGGCCUCUAGCGAGGAUUUUGAAGACCUUCCCUGGAGCCGAUGGUCUGGUUAGGAGUGUGGAAGUACGGACAGCCACUGGAAAUCAUGUCAGGCCAAUCACCAAACUGUGUCUGUUAGAAGGUGUUAAAGACUAG